AUGUUUGGUCGAGGGAAGCUGCAGUGCGUUGGUGCAAUAACAUUGGAAAAAUAUCGAGAAUAUAUUGAGAAAGAUUCAGCCUUAGAGCGUUGUUUCCAACAAAUUUAUGUUGAUCAACCCUUAAUAGGAACACAAUUUUCAUACUUUAAGGAUUGCGCUGGAAGAUUUUUGCCUAAUAAAGGUAAACUCGGUGCAUAUAAACUUGUUGCAGCGCGACGAAUUAAAUCUAUCGAUCUAGUUGACGAAUUAGCUGCAAAACUGAAAAUAGAGAUAACCUCAAAACCUAAUAACCUUAACGAGAUUUAUCAUUUGGCGCUGAAAUUUAAAAUGGAGAAAUUAUCUCUUCCAAUAUGUGUCUAUAAGCGUAUAAUGAAUCAUGAUUCAGCAGUUAAAACACUUACUCGGGCAAUUCAGAUAUCACAAGAUAUGGUGGAAGCAAAUAAUUGUACUUCUUGUGGUAGGAAAUUGAUGUUCAAUCUGCAGGCUCAUAAUAGAAAAUUGAUCUGUUGCUUAAGCAGAUAUAGUAGAACAAAUUGCUUCUCCUCUGCCAUAGGCGGUGCUCUCUGUGAUGCGGUCAGGCGCAGGUACCAAGAGAAAAAAAUAGGAAAAACAAAAUCCGCUUCCUAUCUCGUCAACACUGAACAAGCUCUGAUUCAUACGAAUCGACAUGACUGGAUACUUUGA